UCUUGUGGAGUGUUACAAACUCGGUGUUGCUGUAGCUCCCAGACAAAAGCUCGAAGAUGGCAGACAAGCCGAACCUUCAAGAGAUUGACAGCUUCGACCGGUCAAAGAUGAAGAAAACUGAGACCAACGAGUUGAACACACUGCCUACGAAAGAGACGAUCGAACAAGAAAAACGAAGCUAGAAUGUGAUCCUGGACCCUCCACAUGAUUUGGUGAAAUGUGGCUUGUGCUGGAGAUUCAAAUGCACUGUGAAUGAAGA